CAGUCGGCGACAACCGCGCGUCGUCGCAUCACGCCCGGCAUGCGACCCGGCGUCGCUCGCAACAUCACUAUCAUCACAUAUUACUACCGCGCGCCCCUGUGCCGCCGGCGGCAUGUUGGGCGCGCGGCUCAAGUCAUGGAUGGAAGCGCAGCUGGGGCGAGCGAAGAAGCGUAAACAGAAGCAAUGUCGGCCGCCCAUCGCCGCCGCUACCACGGGCCCGCUGCCUCCACCACACUUGUCUUCCCCGGAGAGCGCGUACAGCACAGGGUAUUCCACGGACGGCACGUCGCCCGGUGCGGCACCAGCCCCGCUCUCCGCUCCGCUUGUUUCUCCUCCGCCGCCGCCUGCGCCGCCGACUACACACCUUUAUCAUGAGCCAGCGAAGCGUCGUUCAAACCCAGCCCGCCGGUGCGUCCCAGAGCCAGUGGUCUGCGCGACCCCCUCCCCCCGCCCUCGCUGCCGCAUCCGCACCAACCCCUGGCUGGGCGGGACGUCCCCCAGCCGCCGCCGGCCGGUGCACCUGACGCACCAGCAGUCGCUGCAGAUCCCGGCGCACCAGCCGCAGCUACAUCACGCUCCAUUUUCACUAGACUCCCAUCCAGCCAGAUAUACCAGGUCACCACACAGAUCCCCCCACCUCUCACCCCACCUAUCCCCACACCUAUCCCCUGAACCUCACCGGUCUCCUUACUACCGAGGUGGUGCUUCCAGCGACGAAGAAUGCCGAGGUUUGCGGCCUCGAGGAAGGGAGACAGCGAUACUCUCUGACGCAGACAUAGAUUCUGAUGGUGACACUGGGCUGGAUGGAGGAGAUGAGGAUGAUGAUGAGACAGCGUCUCCUGGAAGAAGACGGGCACGACGGAGAAGGCCGCCUCGAAGACCGCCGCGGUCUGCUGGUGCGACGCCCCCUCGCGUGCGGCGCCGUAACCACGCGCCGUCGGCCCCCCCAGUGCGGGAGAGGGACCCUCUUCUAGAGGCCGACCGAGAAGCCGAGAGGAAGUACCGGGAACUUAUCCGGGAGGCCGAGAAAUUGCUGGUCACCGUCUCCAGGGCUCCACUGGAGCCGCCUCACAAUCCUCGGGUCAGGGAACUUAGGGCUACUGAGGCCGAAGCGCCUCGUCGUAGCCCUGAACGCACGCACCUGACCAACUUCAUGCGCGCCAACUCCCCCGAACCCCCACGAAGGCCGUCCCCCCUAGCGAGAAGAUCCCCUCUAGCCGUCACUGCCCCCCAACCCCCUCCACUGGCGCCGAGACAGGUGCUCGCCUAUGAUUGUGGAGAUAGACCGCAUUCCGAACCCCCCAAACGGAAGGCGUACGCUCGAGAUGAGGUGUUACAGACUCUGGAGGGUUUGCGCAAGAGUUUGCAGCAGCAGUCGGCGUUACUGGCUGUGCAGCGGACAAGACUGGACUCACUAUAGCGGUGGCCGCCAUCGCCCGUCGAUUCUUAGCUUUAGACCCUUUCCUUCAGGUUUAGAACUUUGUUAGUUCCUGUAGAAGCCGUUUCACUUAUCUUUUAAUAAGUGUUUUGGGUUUUGUGUUCGACAAUAUUGGCUCGAUCAGCAAAUAAUUAAGCAAUCGUACAUGAAUCUAACCAAAUUUAUUGUAAAAUAGCACUUAUUACCGCCGCAUAAAAGUCUAAGGGUAGCUCGAAGUGCGGUUCAUACGUCGGAAUACCUCAAUGUAAAUGAUGUAGGUUUUCGAUGCCACAAUGAAUACUUUUUAUUUCAUUUUUGGUUCUAAAUAAAAGUAAUUUUAAAAAUGUUUCCUCUUAUUCAUAAGUGAAGUUAUUUCGGAAUACAAUGAUGCCACUAUUGUAAAAACAACUGUUGUACGAUCUGUUUGUGAUUGUCAUUUUAUUCGUUAAGCGCGUGGAUCUUACUCGAUAAAGCUCACUUUGUUUUGUAUUUUGAUAAAACACCAUAUAAUAUUAUCAUCAACAUCAUUGUCAAUUUUAGUACUGUUGUACCUUGUUAUGAUAUUACUAAGUGUUAUUUCUUUCAUAUAGUUUUAAAGUUAAUCUAGUCAUUACUUUAUUAUCAGUUUUUAUUUAAUUGUUAGUAUGGUCGGGUUUUUAUGUCAAAGUGUAAACGGCUAAUUAUGUAUCUAGUACUUCCAUAUACUCCCUGUCUAGUCCCUCCAUGAUUUCUAGUCUAGUUACUGAUAUUCUAUUAAAAGACAAAGGUUUUUUAAUACGUGUCACAGUAAAGUAAUCACUUUUAAUACACAUUUGUGCCAAAUUAUGUAUAAAAUAAUAUGUAUUGUUGUGUAUUGGUUACUUCUGUCUGCUAGGUACACUACAAUGCAUUGUUAUAAAACGAGAUAACGGAAAAUUUUGGAAAAUAUUGUUUUUGUACGAUUGACAUCUGUUGUUCCUUUUUAAAAAUACAUUUAUUACAGCUAGCAUGGUUUUGGAAAGUACAUGACAAGAUUUCAAAAGUAUUUAUUAACAACGUGUUGCAUUUCUUUAUGUUUUCUUUUUUUUUCUACCCUAGAAUCAAACAAAAUGUAUGUAUUCAGUUUGACGUACCUGUGUAUGUCUGUUUAUCUGUCGUGUCAUAAUUAUAUUAUUUUUAUUUCAUGUAGUUCGCAAAUGACACCUAUUUUCAUCAACGUUUUUUUUGCUUGAAAACUGGCGAAAGCGUUUCAGCCAUGAAUAUGAUGCAACGAUAAGGGUUUAUUAUACAGAAGAAAAGCCAAACUGCAUCUUUGUCUUUUAAUAGAAUACAUUUAGCAUUUAGUGUAGUUCUUGUUACCAUUUCGUAUAGGCAAGGCCAUUUUACAAUCUUCCGAUAGAUAUUGUAACGCCAUUUUAUUACUAGAUAGUUUAGUCGGUAUGGCGAACGAUUGUAGCAACAUCUCAACUAAAUAACUAUAGUUGUUCGCCGCGUACUUAUAGACCUCGCGAACACAAUACAUAAAAAAAGUGAAUAUUUUUAAAACGACUUAAACGAUUUUGUUGCCCCACGAAUUUAAAAAUUCUAUUGACAGAUCCUACAUACCUUUUAAAUUUCAUCAAAAUUAGACAACGGUUCGUUAUCUAUAUGUGAAAAUUAUCUAUAUAGUAAUAAGUUAUAAUAUAUUUUUUAAAAAGCAUUGUCUGUCUACUCGAGGUCAGUAAAUUGUAAAAGACACUUGUAUUUUCUGUAAAGAAAAAAUAUUUAAUUGGUGUAAAAAAUAUAUUAGGAGGUUACGACGGGAGGUUCCCAUACAAAAUCCCCAUGAAAAUGUAGAUGAAAAUAUCUCCAAACUUUUUUUAAUUGAAACCUUUUCUAGGCGCAAGACUUUGUUCUUUCAGAAUUUCUUGCUCUCCACUCUUACAGCCAUCGUUUUUAGUAUUGAGUUGUUCCUACAAUCAGAGCCACGUGCAUUACAGGUUAGAUGUUCUGGAUAGCAAUGUACUCGAGUAGCGCCGUAGUAUAGAAGUAGCAGUCUCGGCUAAGGGCAGGCGAAGUACCGCGGCGUACUAUUAAGACUGCGUUAUAAUCUGAUAUACACAAUGUUUACUCGUUAUAUCUUCCAGCGGUUGCUGGUUGAGAAAAGUUAUAUGACUCGUUAUAAUUUAAUCGACAUGAAAGUUGUCGGUGAAUAUUUUUUAAAUGAGCGAAUAUAAAGAUAAGAUUAUCUUUUGGUAUUCAAUUUUUGUUUUAUUUCGAGUCGAAUCUAGUAAAGAAUAAUUAUUUUCCCGCGACAUCUUUUGAUUUAUGCAUGAUGCAAUGAAUUUGCUGCCUUUUAGCAAUUUCAUAUUACCUACGUUAUUAUUUCUAAGCAGCGAUUAGUUUUUUUAAAAUUAAAGAUAUAAACGCGUUUUUUUUCUUUAACAUAUACGUGGUUGUUUUUGUCAGUGUAGCCAGUGUUCGUAGAUUAAAAUAACAAAUCUAUGGAAAUACUAUUGGUUUAUGUGUCUCAACCACCAGCCGAGGGAUAUGGGUGCCCAUAUAUAGGCACCCCAUAUUUUGUUAGUGCAAUUUUGGGGUUGCGCGCGCACAUCGCGGCACCCCAGCUACCUGUAAAUAACCAUAAUUUACUUGUUUACUGUAAGUAUAAAUAAGAUUUAUACGUUUAGUUAAAUUGUCAUUAAAA